UCGCACUGUCGCAGGCGAGUAAAAGGCGUAUGAAAAGAUAUUUCUCAGAUCUAGGUAAACACUUUCCGCCAUUGCUGCUCUCCUCGCUCUUUGUGUCAGAUAUGGAAGAGCAGAAGCUUGCAGACGAUAGAAACAGCGAUGAGCAAGUAGAGAGAAUUGAAUUGGUGGUUUCUGAUGUUGAUGCGAGGGAUACCGAAGAUGAGGUCUUUGAGGAAGCUAUCGACAGUUCAAAGCCUGAAUCUUUUCAAGCCGAUGAUGGGUUACACGAGGAUUUACCUUCAGAGGAAGUGAAAGUGCCAGAGGUUAAUGGAGAGAGCCAUGGUGAGGCAAACCUGCAACAUAUAACUACGGGAGAGGCUGCAACAGGUUUUGUGACUUCCCAAAUGAAUGGUGAUGAAGGGGAAGCAGGUGCAGAGAAUGUCAGCGACACUGCUACACUUUCUUUUUCUGAAAAUGGAAUUGUCUCCCCUGAGAAGAAAGCUGUUCUCCUCUCUUUCGGGUCAGAGAAGGAAGAGAAGAAGCUUGGAGACGAUAGAAUCAUCCAUGACCAAGUAGAGAACAGUACAUUACUGGUUUCUGAUGUUGAUGCAAGGGAUACCUAUGAUGAGGUCUUUGUGGAAGCUAUUGACGGUUUCCAAGCCGAUGAUGGGUUGCACGAGGAUUUACCUUCAAAGGCAACUCCUGAACAUUCCAUGGAUGAUCUGGAAGAAGAGAAUAGCAAUGACAAGGAAGUGAAAGAUUCCAAGGUUAGUGGAGAGACCCAUGGUGAGACAAACCUGCAACAUAUAACUGAGGGAGAGGCUGCACCAGGUUUUGUGACUUCCAAAAUGAAUGGGGAUGAGGGGGAAUCAGGUGCAGAGCAUGUGAACGAGAAAGUUACAAGUUCCUUUUCUGAAAAUGGAAUCGUCUCGCCUGAGAAGAAACAGCUGGUGGCUGAAGUGAUCGAGGAAACAAGGAAUGAUGGUACUGAAGAGGAAAACAGGGAGCAAAAUGUUGAUGUAUCAGCUGGUAUGGAAACAGAACAAGAGGCUGGGAAACGUGAAGGAGCAGAUAAGGAUUGCUUUGAGAAUGAGUCUGGGGCACAAAGAAAUGGUGAGACUGUUGCCGAAUACAACACUGUUAAAUGUGCUUCAGGUGAUAGCAUUCAGGUAGCUUCGGGUGAGAAAUCCUUGAAUGAUAGUAUUGAAGUAGAUUGCGCUGGGACCUCAUCUCCAUUGGAGAAAUCUAGUUCCGAGGAAAAUGGAGAGAGUGAAGGUCACAUCAGUAGAGAACAUGAUCCAGCUCAAAACAGUAAUGGAGGACUUGGGGUUGAACAUACUUCUCAACCUAAUAAGGAAUUUGAGAAGCAGCAAGGCAGCAGAGUGAAUAUAAGUCCAGAGAUUAAGGAAAGCCCACAUUUGGAAAGAAAAUCUGAGGUAGCAAAUUCUGUUUCACCAACAGAGUCUAUAAGUCCUGCUCGCCCAGCAGGCCUUGGGCGGGAUGCUCCUCUUUUGGAACCCACCCCACGUGUUCCUCAUCAGCCUCGUGUAAAUGGCAAUGCGUCUCAGAAUCAGUCUGAGCAGGCAGAAGACCCUACCACUGCCGAGACCGAUGAGCAUGAUGAGACCCGUGAGAAGCUCCAGUUGAUCAGGGUCAAGUUUUUGAGGCUUUCACAUAGAUUAGGGCAAACUCCACAUAACGUUGUUGUUGCUCAAGUUUUGUAUAGGCUUGGAUUGGCUGAGCAGUUGAGGGGGAGAAACGGAAGCCGUGUGGGUGCCUUUAGUUUUGAUCGAGCAAGUUCCAUGGCAGAACAACUUGAGGCAGCUGGACAGGAUCCACUUGAUUUUUCUUGUACAGUUAUGGUGCUCGGUAAAAGUGGUGUUGGUAAGAGUGCUACGAUUAAUUCUAUUUUUGAUGAAGUGAAGAUCUGUACGGAUGCAUUCCAGAUGGGGACAAAGAGGGUUCAGGAGGUUGAGGGUUUUGUUCAGGGAAUUAAGGUUCGGGUGAUUGACACUCCAGGUCUCUUACCAUCAUGGUCUGAUCAACACAAGAAUGAGAAAAUGUUGAAGUCUGUUAAGGCUUUCAUCAAGAAAAAUCCACCGGAUAUCGUAUUAUAUCUUGAUAGGCUGGAUAUGCAAAGCAGAGAUUCUGGUGACACGCCUCUCUUGCGCACCAUCACUGAUGUUUUUGGACCAUCAAUAUGGUUUAAUGCCAUUGUGGGUUUGACUCAUGCCGCUUCUGCUCCACCAGAUGGUCCAAAUGGCACUGCUUCUAGCUAUGACAUGUUUGUAACACAACGUUCCCAUGUCAUUCAGCAGGCCAUUCGCCAAGCUGCUGGAGAUAUGAGGCUCAUGAACCCUGUGUCUCUAGUUGAGAACCACUCUGCUUGCAGGACAAAUCGGGCAGGUCAGAGAGUCUUACCAAAUGGCCAAGUGUGGAAGCCUCAUUUGCUGUUACUCUCAUUUGCGUCCAAGAUUCUAGCAGAAGCAAAUGCUCUUCUGAAAUUACAAGAUAAUAAUACUCCAGGGAGACCAUUUGUAGCUCGAUCCAAGGCUCCACCACUGCCACUUCUCCUCUCAUCGUUUCUGCAAUCAAGACCGCAAGCCAAACUUCCUGAAGAGCAGUAUGGUGAUGAAGAAGAUGAAGAUGAUUUGGACGAGUCAUCAGGUUCUGACGAAGAAUCAGAGUACGAUCAGCUUCCUCCUUUUAAGCGAUUGACUAAAUCUGAGAUGGCGAGGCUUAGUAAAUCUCAGAAGAAGCAAUAUCUUGAUGAGAUGGAGUACCGGGAGACGCUAUUUCUGAAGAAGCAGAUGAAAGAGGAAAGAAAGAGACGUAAGAUGUUGAAGAAAUUUGCUGCCGAGAUUAAAGAAUUUGCUAACGGGCAUAGUGAAAAUGUGGAAGAGGAGAGAAGUGAACCUGCUUCUGUUCCAGUUCCCAUGCCAGAUUUGUCUCUACCUGCAUCGUUCGACUCUGACAAUCCUACUCACAGGUACCGGUCCCUUGAUUCCUCCAAUCAGUGGCUUGUUAGGCCAGUCCUGGAAACUCAGGGGUGGGAUCAUGAUGUUGGCUAUGAAGGUGUCAAUGCAGAACGACUUUUUGUUGUUAAAGAAAAGAUACCGAUAUCUUUCUCGGGGCAAGUUACAAAGGACAAGAAAGAUGCAAAUGUGCAGCUGGAAAUGGCCAGCUCGGUUAAACAUGGAGAGGGCAGAUCAACCUCCCUAGGUUUCGAGAUGCAAAAUGCUGGGAAGGAAUUGGCUUACACUGUAAGAAGUGAUACCAGAUUUAACAAUUUUAGGAAACACAAAGCUGCAGCUGGUCUCUCUGUAACGCUCUUGGGUGAUUCGGUGUCUGCGGGUCUGAAAGUUGAGGAUAAGUUGAUUGCUAAUAAAAGGUUCAGAAUGGUUAUGUGUGGAGGGGCAAUGACUAGUCGAGGAGAUGUUGCUUAUGGGGGUAGUUUAGAAGCUCAGUUGAGAGAUAAAGAUUAUCCGCUUGGUAGGUUUUUAUCUACUCUAGGACUUUCUGUGAUGGAUUGGCAUGGGGAUCUUGCUAUCGGAGGGAAUAUACAGUCCCAAGUGCCCAUAGGACGUUCAUCUAAUCUAAUUGCGCGUGCUAAUCUGAACAACAGAGGGACAGGGCAAGUAAGCGUCCGCGUAAACAGCUCUGAGCAGCUCCAACUUGCAAUGGUCGCAUUUGUUCCUCUGUUCAAGAAGCUACUUAGUUAUUAUUCCCCUCAGCAAAUGGAGUAUUGACAAUAAUGAAUAACACUUCGGGUUUCAAUUCACUUACUACAAGAACAUCCUAGAUUGAGAGUUGAAAAGGAACCUUGGUGUGCCCUUUGGGUUGAAAACUUUAAGAACAAAUUGUUGGAGGAGGCCUCUGUUUUCUUUACAUAGCCAGAACACUUGUUCGUUCCUUGUCUAAUUUAAGCGUAGUGGUGGUUUUAUUCUCUUUUCAAAACCUUUGUAUGGCUUUCUGUUCAUGUCUACCUCUGGAUUUUUCAUAAAGCUUGUUAAAAUUAUGCUGCAAUCUACUUGUUGAUUUUAAGACACC